CAUGGAGGACCCUCUAUCCUCAACUGUCACCAACACUAGCUCUCUCUUUCUCUCUGCAUAAAUGACUUCCUUUCACCCCCACUUACCCACUUAAAUAUUCCUGCACUGCAACACUUUCAUCUCUCCUCAUCACAAUCUUCAAAAGAAAAAGAGAUAAAAAAUGAAUCCCAAAAUCAGCUUCAUCCUUGCAGUUCUGCUAAUCACAGCUUCACUCUGUGCAGCAGCAAGGCUUGACUCAUUCGAACCCUUAUCAUUUGAUCAAAAGCACAGCAAAGGCAGCAACAACAAAGGUGGUGGAAACAAUGGUGGGAUUGGCGGGUUCUUUGGUCCAGGACCUGGCUUUGGGGACAUCCCAGGGUUUGGAAAAGGGUGGGGAAACGGUAUCAUAGGUGGUGGCUAUGGAGCUGGGUAUGGAGGUCCUAAUGGAGGGUACUCAAAAGGCGGUAUCAUUAGGCCUACCGUUGUUUGCAAAGAAAGGGGUCCUUGUUACAACAAGAAGCUGACCUGCCCUGCUAAGUGCUUCACCUCUUUUAGCCGAUCAGGGAAAGGGUACGGUAGCGGCGGCGGUGGCGGUGGCUGCACCAUGGAUUGUAAGAAGAAAUGCGUCGCUUAUUGUUAAAGAGCGUAAUAUAAUAUAUAGUACUUGCUAUAAUCAGUAGCUACGUAACUAUGUAUGAUUAUAGAUGAGAUCCAUGCGGCUUUAAUCAAAUCAUAUAGUAAUAUAUAUAUAUAUAUAUAUAUAUAUAUACGGAGUAUUUGAUGUAAGAGCUUCUAUGAUUUGAGUUUUCCUCUUUGUUCUUCUCUCGAUCUCUACAAUUUUACUGCUGGGAUCAACUAUCAGAUUAAUAUAAAUAAAUGAAAACGAGAGAGAGUAUGCUUAUUAGUUU